AAGAAAAUUAAAGAGUACACCCACAACCACAAAAGUUCCUUGAAAUCUCUUCUUUCCCUAUUUUGCUCACAUUCCACUCCUUUCCUAUCUCUUCUACUACCAUUCAUUCAAAACCCUUUUCUCAAAUUUCCCUCAACUCAAUCUUCCUUUUUUUUUCCUUCCAAAAUUACAUUUUUCUUAGUAUAAAAAUCACUCCUUCUUCCCACAUGGCGUUGAAAUAUACAAAGUCAUACUCCACCAACAACGACGACCACACUACUCUUGAUGUAGCGAGAAAACGAAGAACUGGGAUUAAUUGCUGUAAUUUUGUCGUGCGCAAGAACAACACCACGAAGAAAGAGAGCAGAGAAACAUCAGUACCCAUGUCUUCUUCUUCUCUAUCUUCUAAAUUUGAUGGAAUUUCUGACGAACUUAAGAAUAUUCUCGACGCUAAUAUGGAUGAAGCUCCUGCUCGUCGUCGCGCACGUGAGGCUUUUAAGGACAUUCAACUCUCAAUUGAUCAUUGCUUGUUCAAGAUGCCAACUCAAGGUUUAAAGAUGGAUGAGAGUUAUGAAAAGAACUCAAAAGGUUUGGAAAUUUUCUCCAAAACUUGGCGUCCAGAGUCAUCUCCUCCAAAAGCAUUAAUUUGUUACUGUCAUGGCUAUGCAGACACAUGCACAUUUUUCUUUGAAGGAAUUGCUAGAAAAUUAGCUUCAGCUGGAUACGGGGUUUGUGCCAUGGAUUAUCCAGGCUUUGGCCUUUCAGAAGGUCUUCAUUGCUAUAUUGAAAGUUUUGAUGGGCUCAUCGAUGAUGUUAUUGAACACUAUUCCAAAGUCAAAGAAAAACCAGAGUUCUGUAACCGUCCUUGCUUUUUGUUUGGACAGUCCAUGGGUGGUGCUGUGGCUCUUAAGGUGCACCUGAGGCAACCCAAUGCGUGGAAUGGCGCAGUUCUCUUGGCACCCAUGUGCAAAAUUGCAGAUGACAUGUAUCCUCCAUUCAUAUUGACCCAAAUUUUAAUCGCAUUAGCUAAGGUCCUUCCCAAAUCAAAAUUGGUUCCACAAAAAGAUUUAGCCGAGUUGGCUUUCCGUGAGAAGAAAGAGAUGGCAGAUUAUAAUGUCAUUUCUUACAAAGAUAAACCGCGACUGAAGACGGCUGUUGAGAUGCUUCAAACAACAGACGAGAUAGCUGGCCGACUGGAAGAAGUCUCAUUGCCGUUGUUGAUCCUACACGGAGAAGCUGAUGUAGUGACUGAUCCAUCGAUAAGCAAGGCAUUAUAUGAGAAAGCAAGCAGCAAAGACAAAAAACUUAAUCUUUACAAAGAUUCAUUUCAUGCACUUCUUGAAGGGGAGCCAGAUGAUGUUAUUUUUCGUGUAUUCGACGAUAUCAUCUCUUGGUUAGACGACCAUAGCAUGAUAGAUGAUGUUACUCCUAUUCAGAGUUGAUCUCUCACUUGAGAGAGAGGAAUUUUUUUUGUUUGUUUCUAAUUUUUGAUUCAGGUCUAUUUGUUUUGUACAGAAGGGUAAUAAUGGUUUCUGGGAAUGUUUAUUAGAUGGUAGAAGGCUAGAGGCUAGCAUUCUUUUUCAGUACUAUGUUGUUAUUUUCUAUAUGUGAAUAUGCAGUUUAUUGAUGAAGUUGUGAGAAAGAUGUAUUAUUUUAA